CAAUUUGUCGAUACCUUCGGUCGUCAUAGGCCUGAUCAACAGAUGAGAGUUAGAAUGCUGUCCUCUUUCCAGAAACCAUGGUACACUUUCUAGGACCACAUACGGGGGAUAACAGGUGGGAGGCAGGGCUCUAUUGCAGAUCCAUACAUCUUGCUUCGUGUCCGCCUUGAUUAUCCUAGGUUGACCGGGUUAACCAUGAUCAGGGAUCACCACGAGAAAGCGGGAAUCCUUGCUCUGUCGCUUGCUUAUCAUUGCUUUCCCAGGCUUCGAUGGUUUUCCAAUGGCCUGUCUGCAUCGAGACACGAUGGGGACUUCAGCGCUCCGAGGUCGAUGCCGCGACUUAUAUCCUUUCCCUGACGCCCUCGGUGGCAGCAGAGGCCGCAUCGGUGACCGUGUCGGCGUCCUCUUCGAGUCAUGAGGCGGCCACGAGUCCCACCUCGGCGGACGAGCAACAACAACAACAGCAGCAGCAGCAGCAGCAGCAGCAGCACCGGUCCGACCAGGAGCUCGACACGGAUUCUCCGCUCGACAAUGCGAAAUUCCUGUCCUUCGAAGACUGGAAGAAGCAGAAUUUGGCUAAGGUGGGACAGUCCGCGGAGAAUGUGGGCGGGAGUCGCCGUGGUGGCGUGGCCCAGGGCAAGGAGGACCGGCGACGGCCCACGGGGAUCAACAAUGCGCUGGACUCGCUAGGCGACGAUGCGGAGAUUGAGCUGGAUUUUGGGGGCUUCGGCGCAGACACGACGCCCCAGGCGACGCGGCCCACGGCGUGGACUGCGAUGGUCUCGUCCUCCACCGAGGCGCGAGGCGAGCGGAUACCGGGGGCCGGACACGAGGCCGGCGCUGAUGGUGGGCCGGCGCAGGGCAUGCCCCAGGCCGGGGUGUCUCGCUCCAAGGACGCGGGGACGACCUGCAAAGAACGGUUCAACUACGCGUCCUUUGACUGCGCGGCGACGGUGCUCAAGACGAACCCGGAGUGCAGCGGGUCGUCGUCCGUGCUCAUUGAGAACAAGGACAGCUAUAUGCUGAAUGAGUGCCGGGCGAAGAACAAAUUCCUGAUCCUGGAGCUGUGCGACGACAUCCUGGUGGACACCGUCGUGCUCGCCAACUACGAGUUCUUCAGCUCCAUCUUCCACACGUUCCGGGUCAGCGUCUCAGACCGAUACCCCGCCAAAUUGGACCAGUGGCGCGAGUUGGGGGUCUACGAGGCCCGCAAUACGCGGGAGGUGCAGGCCUUUGCGGUCGAAAAUCCGCUCAUCUGGGCGCGGUAUGUGAAGAUUGAGUUUCUCACGCACUACGGGAACGAGUUCUUCUGUCCGUUGAGCUUGAUUCGCAUCCAUGGAACCACGAUGUUGGAGGAAUACAAGCAUGAUGGGGAGGCUAGUCCCGCAGAUGAUGAGGAGGAGAUACCCGAAGAAUCAACGGUGCCGGCUCCUAUGGCGCCGGAUUUCGAGGCUACAGUUACGGCUGAGGAAGCGCCUACUCCAGCGACUGCUGAGCCGGUCGACAUUGUGUCGACCGGCGUCUCAGAAGAUGAGGCUUGUCGCCAGUCUGGGUCGGACAUGGAUGUGCCAGAGCUGCGUGAGCUUCUGGGGCUUCUUGAUACCUGUGACGACCAAGAAGCACCAGCGACUAGUGCUGGACCUGCAGUGGAAGCCCAGCCGCAGCCCUACCGAUCUGUGUCAAACGAAGCGUCUCCAUCCCAGGCGCAAGAUGCCGUGGCUUCGGGAAAAGGCAAGGAAGCUUUGUCCGGAGAGCCAGGAGAACAAAAGGUGACGAGUGCGGCGGGAUCAACUACAACGGACUCACCAUCAUCCUCAAUGACUGUUGCGAACUCCGAGACUGCAUCCCCUAACGCCGUAACGGAAGCGGACAACAAGUCUACUGUGCUACCAAAGGAUGAACCCAGCAGUAUAGCGGAACCGACCAGGUCGAGUAUGACCCAGCCACCGUCGGCAAACCCAACUACGCAAGAGUCCUUUUUCAAGUCAGUGCACAAACGACUUCAGAUGCUAGAGUCCAACUCCAGUCUCUCGCUUCAGUACAUCGAAGAACAAUCACGAAUCCUGCGCGACGCCUUUGACAAGGUCGAGAAGCGGCAGCUGACGAAGACGUCGACAUUUCUGGAGGGCUUGAAUGUGACCGUGUUGAAUGAGCUGAAGCAGGUUCGAGAUCAAUACGAUCAGGUGUGGAAGAGCGUGGCGUUGGAGUUUGAGCAUCAGCGCAUUCAGUAUCACCAAGAAAUCCAUUCGCUCAGUUCGCAGCUGGGCGUGCUGGCGGACGAGCUGGUGUUUCAGAAACGCGUGGCGGUUAUCCAGAGCAUGAUGAUUCUCUUCUGCUUUGGGCUGGUACUCUUUGCGCGGGGCACCGCGAGUGGGUACAUUGAGAUUCCUCGUGUGCAGAACAUGGUCACGCGGUCGUACAGUCUGCGCUCUUCCUCGUCGCCGUCCCCUCCGUACGGCUCUCCGAUGGUGAGCCCGACGUCAACGCGUGCGGCGUCUUCUUGCCGACGCACCGGCGGCGGCCAUCGACGGAACCUGUCUGAAGACUCGCAGGACGAGCUUCUCAGCCCAACGCUGGCGUACUCGCCGCCCACGCCCGUUUCCGAUGCGCUGAGUUCGGCCGAAGAUGAGGAUCCGGAACAGCGAAGAGGGAGUACCCUGGAAUUGCCGGAGGUGGUUCCACCGGUGCAGCGAUCGCGUAGCAGCCCACCUGAUCUCCCGCGGGAUGACGAUCAAGGAUGA